CUUAUUAAAAGUUGAACACUGUUUAAUGUGCAAGCAAAAGCAAAACUCAUUUCAUACUCUCCUUGUGGUAAACGAUUUUCGUGUGAGUUUACAUUACAAUGAACAAACUGAGAUUGAUAGUUAAAGAUUAAAGAAAGCGCGAGUGUGUGAAAAUUUAAACCACGUAUCAAGUGACAAGCGAAAAAAGUAAACUAAAAAAGCUUUUACGUUGACAAAUGUUGAAACAAGAAACAAGAGACAAGAGAGUCAUAUAAAGUUGAUUAAUUACUUUAAGCAUAAAAAUAUAAGUGAAUAAAAUCCAAAUCACCACAACGAGACAUAAACAUCGUCAUAAUUUCGGUUAACGCGCUCUCAAAGGGCGUUAGGAGGAAAUCAGAGUUGCAAUGUUUGGAGCGAAAAUACAAAAAUGGAUGGAAAUUGUACGCCCAAGAAAAAAAUCCAACAAAAAUAAAAAUGGAAACGGCAAUUUGGUAUCACAAAACACUUCAAAUGAUUAUAAAGGAGCUGUGUAUCAAAAUGAAACGAGUAUUUCGAGUCCAGCACGACGUAGUGAAGUAUCGCCCAUUCAAAAUCAUAAAGGACGACGUGGAUGGCAAUCACCAAACCAAGAAAUUCCGAUCUCAUCGAGAGUAGAUUAUCCUUUAAUAAAGCCAAACGGCAAUCAUUCGUUCAAAGAAAGUUCAUCUUUGAGUACAAACACAAUCCCGUACAAUUCCAACAGCAAUAGACCUACAACUUAUCUCACUACGGCACCGACGACAUUCUACCAAAUGAAAGAACUUGAUCAAAGCAUGAUGCAACAAAAUCCACAAAUUAUUGUCACUAGUAAAUCUUCGAACGGCAUUAACAGCAUUAAUAAUAUUAAUAAUAAUAAUAAUAUUCACUACAAUAACACUCUACAUCCACCACCUCUCUGCUACUCAACAGCCACCAGCUCAUCAAACGAGCUUCUGGAUGAUAAACCAAAAUAUUUAAUUAGUUCAUCGUCAUCAUCUGUCAAUUCAGCCGUAAUUAAAAACCAAAAUGAGUCGAACAAUAACGUUUUCGUCAAGCAACAACAACAACAGCAAUCAUCUGAGAGUAAAUAUGGAAAGAUCCAGCCCAUCAACAAAUACAUGAGCAAGUAUCGAUUCUUUUCCAAAAAUACAUCGAGCAUUGAUCGGUAUAAUGGCAACUCAAGCGAUGAUUUUUGUGCUAGCAAUGCUACAUUACACGAUGCACAAACGACGAAAACGACAGCGUUAAACGAUGGAGGAGGAAAAGGGAAGAACCUGAACAGCAUUAUUUGUGAUUCUACAAAUGGAGCGAAGAGUAAUUCGAUUAAAUUUAAUAAUGAAAUCAAUAAUAGAGUCGCUCGAAAUACAUUGGGUGGACAUUCUUCAUCCACCUUACAACAACCCUCAUCAAAUGCAACGACAUCGAAGCUUUAUAAAAGUGGAAGCGGAAAUGUGUUUAGUGGAGUUGCAAAUAACAACCUCGCACCCCCAGUUACUCAACACCAGACACUUCAACAUGGACCGAAUAAACUCGGAUAUUCAGUCAUCAAUCAUGUUUCUUCUCCUGAAAGUGCAUAUUCAACGGGUUAUUCGACAGAUGGCAAUUCACCAGGUGGAGCAUCAUACUCGCCAGAGUAUUAUAUCAACAUACGAACUGGCAUUCACUAUUUCCCUAAAGGGAAUGCUGCAAUAGAAGCUGGCAGCAAUAGAUUCAAAUCCGGUUUGAAUCGAAUCGAGGAAAAGAACGAUGAGCAACAAUUCUCCCACAAGCGAACAGAAUCUUUCGAUUUCUGCAAAAGUGCGAUAACGUCAACUCCCCAGGGCCAAGUCAUUGACUCGCUUCGGGUGAAAACCACGACGGCAACAGGUAUCAAGAGCAAUUGUAAUGCGAUGCCAAAUCCUGGCAUGAGUCCCGUGCUGCGAAAGAACAUUGUCAUGGCUUCACAAUUCAGAACACCAAGUCCGAGACAACGUUGUCGCAUAAGAACAAAUCCGUGGUUUUCCAGUGUCGAUCCUGAACCCUUUAAUAUCACUACCGACUUCAAAGCACCAAUUAAACAACGACGGGAUCGUGACAGCGGUGAUUCCGCAACUUCAUCAUCUGGAAUUAAAUCCAACAGCGAUGAGUCGAAUGAAAAGUUAAAAGGUCGAAAAAAUUCUGGUCACUUGUCAGAUUCUGAUUCCAGCAGUUCAACAGAAAAACCCAACAAAACGUUAGUGUCGCUGACAGAAUUUCGUAAGAAAUAUAAAAAAGAAAAUAGCCAACAUGUGUCAAAUUCAACAAAUCAACAUGGCGAUAGCGAUGAUGAUGCCACUUUAAAUGAAAUUGGAAAGUUUGAUGAGAGUUAUGUGUAUGAGAAGGAGAAUGACUUCUUAAGUGAUUCCGAUCGGACUGAUUGUGUUUCGGAUUUGGGACAAGAGGCAGGGGAUGAGUGUGAUACAGAUGAUUUAUUAGACGUAGAAUAUAUUGACAAAAGUAAUCGAACGGAUACCGAAAAAGUCCCUCCAACUACCGAGAAGAAAAAGCAAUUAAAAGCUAAAGUGAAGAAAGUUCAGGAUAAUCAACCAAAGAAGAGAAAGAAAAUCUUACGAAAGAGAAGCAGAAAUUCCGAAUGUAGAUCACCAGUGACAUCUAAUCGAGGUUGUCGGUCAGUUGGUGGAACUCCCGUCUCAUUAAGACGUAAUGAAAAAGGAAACGAACGAAGACAACUUGAAGCUUCACUAUCUAAUCGCUCAAAUUCUCUCACAUUUAGUGAAGUUCAUUUGAUUCACAGUAGAAUGCUUGCCAUUUCUGAAAGUGAAAAAGCUUUAAUUAAAGCUGAUUUAGAAGCUGAUGUCAAGUACAGACAAUUAAUUCAUGAAGCUGAGUCAAUUCUCAUAUCAAUGAAGUCUAAUGUUACACCAAAAGAAGUGCCAACAACUGUCAUUAGUAGUCCAAGACGUGUUUGUAAUGUCCCAACAAACAAGCGAGUUGAAAUGCUUAGAAACUGUGAAGUUGAUUUGAAACGAGAAUUAUCGAAAACAUCCAACAAUAAUAAUGUUCAUACGACUAAAUUUAAUGAUGCACCACCGGCAAACGCUCAUUCCAUUAUCAAUAAACGUCUGGAAAUGUUACGAUAUGAGACGUCAAUGUCAGCGCCAUCAAGUCCCAAGACAAAUCGUGUGGCGCCAAUCAAAACUCACGUCACAAACUUCAUAUAUCAAAAUGAAAUCGAACUUAUGCAAAGACGUGAAGCAUCAUCAAACAAAAUAACACCAAAGUCUCCAGCGCCACUAAGAAGACGAUUUUUGACUCCUAAACAAGAUGCUGAUUCAGAUUCUGAAUCUGAUAACAAAUCGAGCCACUCAAGAGCUUCGGGAAAAGAAAAUUCUAGCAAGCACAUCAGCAGAAUUAAAGUUGACGUUGAACCAGCAAAAAAUAAUCCUCCCAUGAUUUCCUUCCGUUCAGUUGUUUGUAAUAAUGCUGAAGCUGAAGAUUUGUUCUUCCCUCAAAGUGAACCGUUGAAAAGGAAAAUUUAUUCUUGCAGUUCAACCCUCGAUAAGAUUCAAAGAUCUUUGGAUUUCGACUCAGAAGUCCCGAAGAAAGCUCUUCUUCAGAAAAUUCAAAUGUUACGAAAGGAACGUCAAGCUGGAAAAUGGAAAGAAGAACCGACAGCUGCUGAACAUACGAAUGCCAAUACUAAUAACUCAACUGAAAGCCCCAAACCACUUGUUGAUGAUAACAUCAAAAGAAAAUUGAUUAUGAAAACGAUUGAAGAUAUCAAACGAAGUCUUGAAGAUCAAAGCUUAGAGCUUAAUGAACUGCAUGAUUCUGAUAAUUGAAAGGGAAAUCGCAUAGCAUGGUAGCAAUUUCCUCCCCUGAUGAAUAGCUGUUUAGUCUGUAAAGAAGAAAAUACUUUAAGCAUAAGAUAAAAUCUCAUUUUUAUAAGGAAAAUUUCUUUAAAACAUUUUUGUUAUUUUCGUUCUUAACUUUACUUAGUUAAAAUGAAUUCUUUACAUGUUAAUCAAAUCGUUUUGUGUUAAAAUGUUAGAUGAAAAAGAAUUUUGUUGUAACUAAAAAAAUAUUCAAUGUUCUUUUCAUUUCUAUUUUGUGAUAUUUCAAAUUAUCUUAUUAAGUCAACC